GGCUAUCAAAACACAACUGAUACACGACUAUUGUGCAUUUAUCAGUCAUUUGUUGGAUUCCAUACGUAUGGACUUGUGGAUUUAAUUCACGAGAGAUUUUUUUUGACACGAAAAGUUCUACAAUUUCAUUAUUUUUAUAGGUUAAUUAUUCAGUGCGGGACAUUAGAAAUUCAAGAUGGCGCUGAAAAUAGCAGUGCACGAAAAGAUUACAAAUGAUGUCAUCCUGGCAGUCAAGAAACCAAAUGAGUGGAAGGUUUUGGUGGUGGACCAGCUUAGCAAACGGAUGAUCUCAAGCUGUUGUAGAAUGUGCGAGAUAAUGUCUGAGGGAAUCACAUUGGUUGAAGACAUUAAUAAAAGGAGAGAACCACUUCCUUUACUUGAAGCAGUAUAUCUUCUGACUCCAAUAGAAAAGUCAGUACGUGCUCUGAUGGUAGAUUUCCAGAAUCCCAACAACACACAGUAUAAAAGUGCUCAUGUGUUUUUCACUGAAGCAUGUCCAGAUGAGCUGUUUAAUGAGUUAUGCAAAUCAUCAUCAGCCAAGUUCAUCAAGACGUUAAAAGAAAUAAACAUAGCAUUCCUCCCGUCAGAAUCACAGACUUUCUCCUUAGAUUCUAGAGAAACAUUUCAGUUUUAUUAUAACCCAUUACGUACCGCUGGACGUACCAUCAACUUGGAAAGAUGUGCAGAACAAAUAGCCACACUAUGUGCCACAUUAGGGGAAUACCCUGCUGUCAGAUACAGAAGUGAAUUUGACAAGAAUGCAGAAUUUGCACAAAUGGUACAACAAAAAUUAGAUGCCUAUAGAGCUGAUGAUCAUACUAUGGGAGAGGGUCCACAGAAAGAUCGAUCCCAGUUGUUAAUUUUAGAUCGUGGAUUUGAUCCUAUAACUCCAUUAUUACAUGACCUGCAUUUCCAAGCUAUGGCUUAUGAUCUACUGCCCAUUGAAAAUGAUGUUUACAAAUAUGAAAAUAAUGUUGGAAAUGAUGUCGUUGAAAAAGAGGCUCUGCUAGAUGAGACAGAUGAAUUGUGGGUAGAACUUAGACAUCAACAUAUUGCCAUAGUAUCACAACAAGUAACGAAACAGUUAAAACAAUUUGCAAAGGAUAAAAAAAUGACAGAUGGAGAAAAAGCCAAUAUAAGAGAUUUAUCUCAAAUGUUAAAGAAAAUGCCUCAAUAUCAGAAAGAAUUAAGUAAAUACUCAACACACUUACAUCUGGCAGAAGAUUGCAUGAAAAUCUACCAGAAACAUGUGGACAGAUUAUGUAAAGUAGAACAGGAUUUGGCAAUGGGAACUGAUGCAGAAGGAGAGAAAAUUAAAGACCAUAUGAGAAAUAUUGUACCUAUAUUAUUAGACCAACAUAUAACAGCAUACGAUAAAAUAAGAAUAAUAUUAUUAUAUAUAAUACAUAAAGGAGAUGAUAAGGCUGAGGAAGGAAUAUCAGAUGAAAAUUUAUCCAAGUUAGUUCAGCAUGCACAGAUUCCUCAGGAAGAGAAGUGUAUUAUAACUAACAUGCAAAACUUAGGAGUACCGAUCGUACAAGAUGGCCAAGGUAAAAACUUGAGUGGAAUUUUAGAUGAUUGUUCUAGUUACGGGACAUUUCAGUCAAUAGCCCAGGACGAUGAACCAGAAAAAUCCAGUAUUUUUAAAUCGGAAGUUAAUCCAGACAUAAUUGCCAACACAUUGGGAUUAAGUGGUGGCAGAAAGAAGGCAUCACAACCUUAUCAGCCAUUUAACAGGAAAAAACAAAUAGAAGGAACCUACCAAAUGUCUCGGUGGACACCAUACAUCAAAGAUAUAAUGGAGGAUGCGGUUGAAGAAAAGUUGGAUAACAGACAGUUUCCAUUCCUUUCUGGUGGUGCUCCAAGAUCAGGAGGAUUUAAUAAACCUACGAUAAGUAGUGCUAGAUAUGGGGUUUGGCACAAAGAAAAAGUUCCCCCAAGCUACAAGAGUGGACCAAGACUGAUCAUCUUUAUCAUGGGAGGGUGUUCCUAUGCUGAAAUGAGAACGGCAUACCAGGUGACACAGUCAUGUAAAAACUGGGAAGUAUUAAUAGGUGCUACUCAUUUAUUAACACCUGAAGGUUUCUUGGAAGAUUUAAAAACUGUAAGCAACUGAUGAAAUGGCAUGGUAAACCAGACUGACAGGAACUGAUGCAACCUAAAACAUAUAUAGAUGUUGUAUAACUGUGUUGUUCAAGAUUGUUAUACAUUUCUAUACAACGGUGUUGUCUUUUGUCCUAGGUAUUAUGUAUUCAAGCUGCUUAUAGAUGUGAUUCUCAUGGAGAAAUAAAAUUAUUAAAGAAAAUUUUAUAAUUGGAUGUAUGCGAAAUAGGCUAAUUGUUAUAUUUUAGCUUUUCCAUGCAUGCCUAAGAAUAAUUUAACAAUUAUUAGGAUGAUUGUUCAAGCAUCAAAGUGGCUGUCUACAAAGUUAAUAGUUAUAAUAUAUGAUUGUUAGGUCGUAAUUUGUGUACUUCCAUAAAACAGGAAAUUCUUGAAAUCUUCUGUUUUUUUCAAACUUUCAAAUUAAUAAAAUUUAAUAAGCUGGAAAUAGGAAUUUCCUAUUGAAUUGGUAUACAUGGAAUCAUUUGGAUUGGCAGAAUUUAAAAUCCACUGCCUAGGUAUCUACCAUGUUUUUUUCUCCAUCAUGCUAAGGUAAUAUUUUUAUAUACAUGUUGGAGUUCAUCUUCAUUUAUUUGUUAUAAAUUUUGCAAAACCUAAGUCAGUCCAAGUGUUUACUCUUAAUCUAUUUCAUAUUGAUUCAAGUAAGUUAACCUAAGUUCUCUUUGAGCAUUUUUGUUUUCAAUAGCAAUCAAGUUUUGAAAGCUCUUGAUAGAAUUUAGAUAAAACUUACAAGUUUCAAGAAUGGUGGAAUAGGCUCAUAUGUUUUCAUGAUAAGAAGUGAGAAUUCUUAAUCAUUUCAAUUAUUCUGUGAUAUUUAACAUUCCUGUUGUUAAAGAAACAUACACUUUUAAUCAGUAUGAAAGGUAUGAUACAUGUAUUUGCUUGCAUAAUGAAUUUAUAAAGUUCCUUGAAUCAAAAAUAUAAACUUUAAUGCUCUUGGAAAUAUAAAGUACUAAUGUUAUUGGCAGUACCAGUUGUUAAUAUUCGUGACUUGUCAAUUUUUAAUGUGCUUUACAGUGUCAACUGUCAAGUAUAUAUUUCUUUGCAGUGUCAAGUUUUAAUUUGCUUGGCAAUGUCAAGAACUUGUGUUCUUGGAAGAUUCAAGUAUAAAUAUUCUUGACAGUGUCAAUUGUAAAUUUCUUGGCAGUGUGCAAUAUAUAUAUACUUUUCAAUGUCAGAUACUAAUGUUCUUGUUAGCAACAAGUAUACAAAAAAAUUACCAGUGUCACAAAUAAAUGUUCUUGGCAGUUUUAAAUAGUAGUGUUAUUGGUAGUGUAAGAUAAUGCAAUGUUCUUGGCAUUAUCAAGUUCUUAUGUGCUAGUGGUGUCUAGAUAGGCAUUUAGAUAUUCAUGGCAGUGUCAAAAAUAAAUGCUCCUUUGCUUAGAACAGAAUAUAAUAAUACAGAUAAGGUCAAAUAUGUUAAUGUUAUGCAUAUAGUAGGCACUCCAACUGAAGCUUGCACCAACAAUAGUGUAUAGGCAAACACCAUUCUAUUUGAUUCACAAAAUAGGUUCUGACAAUCUUGGUCUAAAUAUACUCUGGGUAGAUUGGGGAAAUAACAAAUCCUCAAAUUACAAUCUGUUGUACAUGUUUUACAGCAUUUAAACAAUUGUCAAUUUAUUAGUCAUUUUUAAUAUGUGUUAAAAUUUAGUAAUAAUGAUAUUGUAAAUAUUUAUAUAUAUGUAUUGAACACUUUUGCAUUUUUUCUGGAUGAUAAAUAAACAUCAUGGUAUAAAACUACAUGAAUUAACAACCAUAAAAAUAAUAAAACUAUUAUGUAUAACAUUAUUUGACAGCAUUCAUGAAAAACAGGAUUAAAACAAUCUUAUGUGAAUUGGAAGGUUAGAACAUAUUUAUAAAAAUGUGUGACACAAAUGUGUCACCACUUGAUUAAGAAGUAGGUCAAUUUACUGCUCACUCAAAAGAGUUAUACAGUUACUGAACAAACGUACAACAAUGUUUUUGUAAGUUCAAAAAAAAUCAUGUGUAUUGUGUAUUUAUCAUCCAGACUAUCUAUUGGCUUUGGCAUUAUAUGUAUGUAUAUAUACAAUUCUGUGUGGAGUUCUAGUGCAAUAUUUUCUAUGUUAUUCUUUUCUACACAGCAUUGUACAUUUCUUGUUAAUUAUGUAUAUUUAGUCUUUGUUAUUCUUGUAUAUUAAUCUGUUUGUCUUCAAUCACAUUGUCUUGUUCUAUAUGUUUAUAGAUUGUUUAUAUUACAUGUCAUGUAGAAUUUACUGGUACUUCAUGUUAGUGAAGUUUUCGUGAUUAUGCUAGAUUUGCAGACUUUGAAAUAUGUGGCCAUUUUAUGGCAUUUCAGACAUUCACUGACCAUUUGGUAAUUUUAAAAAGACAUGGACUUUCUUUGUAAAGUAAAUGUCUCUACUUUGGAAAAUUUCUUAAUUUUCUUAUAGUUAAUUUCUGUAGAAGAUUAAAACAGUUUCUUUGAGUUUU